GUAUAUUUUAAUUAGUUUUAAUUUUAAAGUAGUGAUGUGUUGUUUUUUUAUAUAAAAAAUAAUUCUCCAUUUAUAAUAAAAAAUUUAAUAUAAUAUAGAUUUUUAACUGAAUUAGAUUUAAUAAAUCUAAAUUAAAAUCUAAUUUUUUAUAUUAGUAUAAUUAAUAUACUAAUCUGUCUCUCCCCUUAAAUCUAUUGAUAUUAUAUGAUAACUAAUAAUUAUCAUAUAAUGUCUAAAUUUAAGUCCACAUACCGUUAUCCCGGUCUGAUAAUACUAUUGGCACUGUUAGCUAUUGACUGUAUCAAUGGCUCCGGUAGUAUCAAAAACAAUAGAAAACCGGCAUUCAAUUUAGGAUCAUUGUCUGGUCUAUGGUAUAGAGUAUAUUCAUCCAGUAGUACUGGUUGUCUGAAUCUGGAAAUUGUUGAAAACAUUCAGACAAAACAAUAUGAUUUAAUUGAACGACGAAAUAUGGAAUUGAUUAGUCAAUUACAAUCGUCAAUUGAUCCAGAUGCUAACAUUAGAUUAAUAAAUAAUGAUACCAAUGGUCAACAAUUGCUAAAAAUAUUGACCACUGAUUUGGCUAAUUAUUUUUUAGUACAUCUAUUGGAUAUUCAACAAAAUAUUGCUGUUGUCAGUGUCUAUACUAGAGAUAGACCGCAACAACUGGACGAUGAGCUCAUGGAUCUGUGCAGUCGUACAAUCAAACGAUCAAAUAUUCAACUAUCGCUCCGAAAGGUCGAGUAUCUGAAAUGUCAAUCACCGCCGACAAUGGACCCGCCGGCCUGUAGUUCCGGUUCCGGUUCCGCUAAUGGCGUUGGUUUACCUAAUAUACCGACACUGGCGACACUCGUCUAUAAGAUGCCUGGUAUCUGGCACCGGGUGUACGGUUCAAACCGUGACGGCCACAUUAGUUUCACAUUUGUCUUAAUACCCGGCAAACAGCCGACUACAUUCAGAGUCAUUAUUCGACAAUCAGUCAAUGGGUAUGCGUCCAGACGUUUGAUUGUUGAGGAAGACCGACAAAGAUGGUCAAUGGUUAGCGAUGACAACGACCAACAAUUGACAACAAUUGAGUGUUUGAAUUAUGAGAUAAAUAAAUAUUUAUUAUUCAAAAUUACCAACAAUAUCAGCAAAAAAGUUCAUAUUAGCGUAUAUUCCCGAUCGCCUGAACUGAAUCCAAACAUAUUAGACAGCGCCAGAAAAACACUUGAAGGCCUAGAUCUUCACUAUCCAUUGAAACCACUUAUCAACGAUAGUAUCAUAUAUGAUCCCGAGGAUGGCCAGUCACCCGAUAAUACAACACCGACAACAACUGUAUCGUCUAUCAGCGUAUCCGAGCAGACAUUGCCAAAAAUACCGACAAUACAAGUGCUGACUACUAAGUUAACUGGUCGCUGGUAUCUGAUAUACAGUUCACAGAAAAAACAGUCACAUAUCUAUGAUAUACAAUACAUUCCCGGUUCAAAACCGCCACAAUUGCUGUUUACUAUACAACACGAUAUUGAUAAUAAAACCUAUACAGGUCAAAUGAAAUUGACUGAUAAUAAUUUGCAUACAAUGGUCUAUACUACUGCCCGUAGCGAUCGGGUUGUAUUUAAAUAUCUAAAUUACGAUCUACCACAAUCGUUUAUUGUUUUAUUCAAAAAUUUAGAUACAGAUAUAAAUGGUGUACAUGUAUUUUCUAGAUCCGAUAGACCAAAACAACUAGAUUUGUUGAAAUUUGCUGAAAAAACAUUGGAUAGUUUUGAACUAAACUAUCCAUUAGUCGAAACCGAUUUGGUGCCCAUCAAAAUCAAAUCAAUAUUGAAUAAGAUUGACAAUAAUAACAACAAUAAUAAUGAUAUUGUUUUGCCAUCAGUACCGACACAGCAGACACUGGAAACAGAGAUGACUGGUCGCUGGUAUACAAUAUACGCAUCAAUUGUUACCCCCUAUACUAUUAACGAUAUAAUAGCCACACCCGGAUCACAACCAACUCAACUAAAAUAUAUAAUAACAAACAAUUUGAAUAAAGUACCGCUAAUUUCUGUUAUAAAACCACACGAAAACAAUGGCUAUAUUUGUGAAUAUGAAACACCCGGUAAUGAAGUUGUACUGAAAUUUUUAUAUUACGAUCCGUCAAGUUUUUACAUUGUUCAGUUUGAAAAUGUCGAUGGUACAAAUGGUAUCAAUGUAUUGUCUCGAUCUAAUAACCUGAACAAAAAUUUGCUAACAAUUGCUGUAAAGAUAUUACAACGAUUGGGUUUUAACGAUAAAUAUGUAUUAAAACCGCUUAAAGACGAUGAUUGGACACCAAAUUUGGCUAAAAUUGAUAAUUUACCAAAAGUACCAACAAUUCAAAGCUUUGCAACUGAGUUUACUGGUCGCUGGUAUCGUGUGUAUGGCUCGAUAGGUGUAAGCUUUAAUAUAUAUGACAUAACACCCGUUCCCGACUCACAACCGCCUGAAUUGCAAUUCAGAAUACGUAACAAUUAUAAAAAUCGGACUAAAACGGGUCGUAUGGUAUUAACGGAUGAUACAAAUAAUUUAUUUACAUUAUCUUUCGCUCAUAAUCCUAAAAAACCAAUUUUAUAUAAAUUUUUAAAUUAUCAAUUACCAAAUUAUUUUAUUAUCUUAUUCAAAGAUACCUUAUAUGAUACAGUUGGUGUUAAUGUAUUUUCAAGAGAUAGUCGACCAAAACAAUUAAAUUUACUAAAAAUAGCCAAAAAAACAUUGGAUAAUCUAAAAUUAAAAUAUAGAUUACUUGAAGCCAAUUUAGUACCGUUUAAGAUAAUGACAGCAUGGACCCAAAUUAUUAAUAACAAUGAUUUGGUUUUACCACAAUCACCGACAAUACAACUAAUCAUCAAUGAGAUGACUGGUCGAUGGUUUAGACUAUACGCUACAGUAAUAACCCCUAACAAUAUACGUGACAUAGUAUACACACCCGGUUCAGAAUCGUCUGAAUUGAAAUAUGUAAAACGAAACGAUGACAAACAUGAAGUCGGAACCUAUGAUAUAAAAUUCAAAAACAAUCAAUUUAUUUUGGAUAACGAAAACAAUGAUAAUCGUAUUGUAAUGAAAUUUUUACAUUAUGAGCCGGCUAGUUUUUAUAUAGUCCAGUAUAAAGAAACAAAAAAUGGUGAAGUCACAGAGGGUAUCAGCGUUUUUUCGCGGGCCACCAAAUUGGACGACAAUUUACAUAGAAUUGUCUUAGAAGUAAUCCAUAGGUUAGGACUUAAUUACGAUAUAAAACCGGUCAAAAAUCCCGAUAUAACCGAUGAUUCAGCGAUUUUUGUUGAAAAUACCGAUUUUCCUAAAGUACCCGGAAUACACCUAUUGACAACUAGGUUAACUGGUCCAUGGUUUUUGAUGUAUACAUCACAUCCGGUAAAACCUAAUGCACUUGAAAUCAAAUACCUACCCGACACACAACCGCCCGAAUUAGAAUGGGUCAGAAGUAAAUCUGAUAAAUCAAGCAAUAAAGUUAUUAAAGGAUUAAUGACUAUUGAAGACAAUCAAUAUUUUAUGAAAGAAAGAGGAAUUAAUUAUAUCUAUAAUUAUUUGAAUUACGAUCCAAACAAAUAUUUUAUAAUACAAUUUGUAAACUUAAAGGAAGAAAAUGAAGUCGGUAUUGACGUAUAUACCCGAUCGGACGAACCCGACCCACAACUACAGAAUUAUACCAAACAGAUAAUCAGAUUUUUGGAUGUGAAUCUACCGCUUCAUAAAGUACCGCAAUAUCAUCUGAUCGGUAGACCGGCCAUCAAUCCAACUGACCAGCCUAGACCUGGAUUAACUAGGAAACCAUAUGUACCCGAUACGGAAACAUUGAUCAGUGGUUUGAUAGGUACUUGGUAUCUAUUGUAUACAACCGAGUUUUCUAGAUUACCUAAUAUUCAAAUAAAACCACGUUCACAGCCCAAUGAGCUAUUAUGGAUCCGAACAUCUGAUCUUGAUCGUGAGUUGAUUAAACGUGGCUUGAUGAAAUUUGAUAACAAUGGUUGUACAUUUGGCAAAAUUGUUAGAUGUACAUUUCUAGAUUACAGUCCAAAUAAUUAUUUUAUUAUUAAACUCGAAAAUGAUGAAACUAAAAAUGUAAUCGUAUAUGUGAUUAGCCGAUUGGAGCAACCGGACCCGAACCUACUAGAUCAUGCCCAACGAUUAUUACCAAAUUUGGGUAUUAAUUUCCAUUUUAUUAAUGGACAAACUAGACCAGAAAUAGGUCAACUUAAUAAACCUAAACCACAACUACAACCACAACCGCAACCGCAACCACAACCACAACCACAACCACUACCACUACCACUACCACUACCACAACCACUACCACUACCACUACCACAACCGCAACCACAGCCACAACCAAGUCUACCACAAAAACGACAACCUGGCCAGCCUACUGGAUUAACUUGGCUACCAUAUGUACCCGAUACGGAAACAUUGCACAAUGGUUUGAUAGGUCUUUGGCAUCUAUCGUAUACAAACGAGUUUUCUGAUUUACCUAAUAUUAAUAUAAAACCGGGUAAACAACCAACUGAGCUAAUAUGGAUCCGAACAUCUUAUCUUGAUCCUGAUUCGGAAAAAAAGGGCUUGAUGAAAUUUGAUAACAAUGGUUGCACAUAUGCCACAAAUGUUAAAUGCACAUUUCUAGAUUACAGUCCAAAUAAUUAUUUUAUUAUUAAACUCGAUAAUCAAAUAACUAAAAAUGUGAUCGUAUAUGUGAUUAGCCGAUCGGAGAAACCGGACCCGAACCUACGAGAUCAUGCCCAACGAUUAUUAAUAAAAUUUCGUAUUUAUUUACAUUUUAUUGAUGAUAAAACUACACCACAACAACAACAACCACCACAACAACUACCACAACCACAACCAGAAGAUUCACAACAAACACAACCACAACCACAACCUAGACCUGGAUUAACUUGGAAACCAUAUAUACCCGAUAAGGAAACAUUGCACAAUGGUUUGAUAGGUCAUUGGUAUCUAUUGUAUACAACCGAGUUUUCUGGUACACCUAUUAUUGAUAUAAAACCACGUCCACAUCCAAAUGAGCUAAUAUGGACCCGAACAUCUUAUCUUGAUCCUGAUUCGGUUCAACGUGGCUUGAUGAAAUUUGAUAACAAUGGUUGCACAUAUGCCACAAAUGUUAGAUGCACAUUUCUAGAUUACAGUCCAGAUAAAUAUUUUAUUAUUAAACUCGAUAAUGAUAAUACUAAAAAUGUGGUCGUAUAUGUGAUUAGCCGAUCGGAGCAACCGGACCCGAACCUACGAGAUCGUGCCCGACAAUUAAUAAUAAAAUUCGGUCUUAAUUUACAUUUUACUGAUGAUAAAACUAGACCACAACAACCACAACCAGAAGAUUCACAACAACAACCACCACAACAACCACCACAACAACCACAACCCUAUCCACAACCCUAUCCACAACCUUUACCACCACAACAACCACAACCCUAUCCACAACCCUAUCCACAACCCUAUCCACAACCCUAUCCACAACCACAACCACCACAACAACCACAACCCUAUCCACAACCCUAUCCACAACCCUAUCCACAACCCUAUCCACAACCCUAUCCACAACCCUAUCCACAACCACCACAACAACCACCUAAUGAUGACAAAACUAUACAUAGAAAACCAAAAAUAUCACUACAAAUACCGACAAUACGUCAAUUAACUCGAGAGUUGACUGGUCGCUGGUAUCGUAUUUUCAGUACAAUUGAAAACCAAAUCGAUAAUAUACUGGACAUACUAUACAAACCCGAUACACAACCGCCUAAAUUAAUUUGGGUUUUCCGAUCGGAAAAUGAUAUAAAUCAAUUGAAUGUUGGACGCAUAAAUCUAGUUAAUAACAAACAAAUUAUAAUUGAUUUUAAAAAAGAUAAUAAACAACAAUCAGUUAAAUAUUUGAGUUUCAAUCCGACUGAUUAUUUUAUUAUCCAAACAGAAGAUAAAGAUAAAAUUGUUAUUGACGUUUAUUCACGAGUAUAUAAAUCAUAUCAAAAUGGCUUAGAAGAUAUUGGUGAUCGUAUAGUGAAACGUUUGGGUUUUAAUUAUGAACUACACCCCAGCACACGACUACAACCAGAUAUGCGGGCAUUAAGUUUUGAACGAUUGCCCCUUAAAUUACCAAAAGUACCGUCAAUUAGGAAAAUAACUACCGAGUUUACAGGUGUCUGGUUUAAGGUUUUCAGUACACGAUUGGAUACCUUUGAAAUCUAUAACAUAUCACACAUACCUAACACUAAUCCACCAAAACUCAGAUUUAGAGAAAGAAGUACUACUGAUAAUCAAACUGAAAUAAAAACAUAUGAAAUAAAAUUAGUGGACAAAAAAUACAAAUUGACUUAUAAAGGCGUUACAACAUUGCUUAAUAUAUUGAAUUACGAUCCAUCAGAUUUUUUUAUUGAAUAUUAUAAUAACGAUUUGGAUAAUAAAGAUAAUGCUGAUAUCGAUGUCUAUUCCCGAUCAACCAAAAUUGAUUAUGACUUAUUGGACAUUGUCUACAGGACACUGGAUAAGCUGGAUAUCAGAGCCAAUCUGAUGCCCAUUUAUUACUAUAAUACCACUGUUGGCGGCAGUGAUCCGGGCACUAAUCCGGGCACUAAUCCGGGCACUAAUCCGGAUACUAAUCCAAGUCCACCCAAUAGUCCAUCAGAUUAUCCGCAAAUUGUGGAUAAACCAAGUAAUCCACCCAUAAGCCAGUUACCAUCAAAAGGACCAUCAAUUGAUACUUACAUCACUAAGUUAAUUGGUCGCUGGUAUGAAGUAUAUUCAUCGGUACCAUCCGAUGAUGACGUACACACCUAUGACAUCAAACACAUACCAAAUACAAAUCCACCACAAUUUAUAUUUAACGUCAGGACAUUUAAUAAUAAGCAAUAUAAAGUGAAUUAUGAAUUAAAUAUUGUUGGAAAUCGAUAUAAUUUUGUUAAUCUGAAAACUGAUUUAACAAAAACAAUUAUAUAUAUCCAUUUCGAUCCAAAUAGUUAUCAAAUAAUUAGUCGAAUCGAUAAUAAUAAUAAUAAUAAUAAUAAUGUUAAUCCACGAAUUUCUGUACUUUCACGAUACGACAGUGCAAACCAAAAAUUACUAAUUAUAGUUACUAAUAGAUUAAAACCAUUUGUUCUUAAUAUACAACUAUAUCCACGUGUAAACUAUAUACCUGGUAAUCCUGUUCAACCUGAUCGACGAAACCCUGAUGGUUCAAGUAAAAUAAUUUAUCCUGAGCAACCUAAUCGACGAAACCCUGGUGAUUCCUUUAAACCUGAUUAUCCUGAGAAACCUGAUCGACGAAACCCUGAUGGUUUAAUUAAUAUAAUUUAUCCUGAGCAACCUAAUCGACGAAACCCUAAUGGUUCAAUUAAUAUAAUUUAUCCUGAGCAACCUAAUCGACGAAACCCUGAUGGUUCAAUUAAUAUAAUUUAUCCUGAGCAACCUAAUCGACGAAACCCUGAUGGUUCAAUUAAUAUAAUUUAUCCUGAGCAACCUAAUCGACGAAACCCUGAUGGUUCAAUUAAUAUAAUUUAUCCUGAGCAACCUAAUCGACGAAACCCUGAUGGUUCAAUUAAUAUAAUUUAUCCUGAGCAACCUAAUCGACGAAACCCUGAUGGUUCAAUUAAUAUAAUUUAUCCUGAGCAACCUAAUCGACGAAACCCCGAUGGUUCAAUUAAUAUAAUCUAUCCUGAGCAACCUAAUCGACGAAACCCUGAUGGUUCAAUUAAUAUAAUUUAUCCUGAGCAACCUAAUCGACGAAACCCUGAUGGUUCAAUUAAUAUAAUUUAUCCUGAGCAACCUAAUCGACGAAACCCUGAUGGUUCAAUUAAUAUAAUUUAUCCUGAGCAACCUAAUCGACGAAACCCCGAUGGUUCAAUUAAUAUAAUCUAUCCUGAGCAACCUAAUCGACGAAACCCUGAUGGUUCAAUUAAUAUAAUUUAUCCUGAGCAACCUAAUCGACGAAACCCUGAUGGUUCAAUUAAUAUAAUUUAUCCUGAGCAACCUAAUCGACGAAACCCUGAUGGUUCAAUUAAUAUAAUUUAUCCUGAGCAACCUAAUCGACGAAACCCUGAUGGUUCAAUUAAUAUAAUUUAUCCUGAGCAACCUAAUCGACGAAACCCUGAUGGUUCAAUUAAUAUAAUUUAUCCUGAGCAACCUGAUCGUCGAAACCCUGAUGGUUCAAUUAAUAUAAUUUAUCCUGAGCAACCUAAUCGACGAAACCCUGAUGGUUCAAUUAAUAUAAUUUAUCCUGAGCAACCUGAUCGUCGAAACCCUGAUGGUACCAUUAAACCUGGUUAUCCUGAUCACUUUUACAAUCGGCCGUCAAUGCACACAUUUAUUUUUGAGUUAAUUGGUCCCUGGUAUCGACCGUUUAGUUCAUUACCUCAUGAUACUUAUUUAUAUAAUAUAAACAAGAUCAAUGAUAUACCUGACACACAACUACCACAAUUGAAAAUAGAUUCAUGGACUGCUAAUAAUCAAUAUAAUUCAAGUCGCGUUGAAUUACAAUUAGUUAAUAAUUUGUUUCAACUAAGAAACAUUGACACUGGUAAUCAAGUAACCUAUGAAUUUCUAAAUUAUGAUCCAGCAAGUUUUAUGAUUAUCAAACGAACUGAUAGAAAAACUAAUACAGUUGGUAUAAAUGUAUUUUCCCGAUACUACAGUCCAAACAAUCAAAACUUACUUGAAUUGGCCGUAAAAAUACUUGAAAUCAAUGGUAACGAUAAAUAUAAACUACGACCUAUUGUUAUGCCGACUGCUGACGAACCAUCCGUCGGCAGUAAAUUGCCAGAAGAUACCGAUGAAAUUUUGCCUAAAAUACCGUCACCGCAAACAUUGACUGAUGAGUUGACUGGUCGCUGGUAUAGGAUAUCCGACUCAACAAAACGUGAUGAAAAUAUUGUUGACAUCAAAUACAUACCCGACUCACAACCGCCACAAUGGGAAUGCAUUAUACGACAUAAGCAAAAUAAAUAUUAUAGAUUGGCCCAUAUAAUUUAUGAUAACAAUAAAUAUACAUUGGUUUACAAUAAUAAUAGAGAUAUUAAAAGUCAAUUCAAUGUUUUGAAUUACGAUUCACAAUCAUUUAUUAUUAUCAAUAUUAAAAAUACAUUGACUAAUACUUCUGAUGUUAUAGUAUUAUCCCGAUCAUACAGUCCCCAACAAAAUAAUAUACUAGACAUUGCCAAACAGACCCUGGAUGAAUUGAAAUUAUAUUUUAAACUAGAUAUAGAUAGAUUCUUGUACUCGGAUGUUAAAAAAGGCAAUAAGGAUUUAUUACCAAAUCGAUUGCCAAGAGUACCAUCAUUGGAUACAUUAAUAACCAAGUUGACGGGUCGCUGGUGGCCAUUGUAUAGUUCACAAUGGAUCGGUGGUAGCAGUAGUUUCGUAUCAUACAUACCCGGAACACUACCUCCACAAUUGAAAUACAAAACACGAUAUGAUAACAAUACAGUCACAACAGUAACGGCUGAAAUAAGAAAAGUUGGAAAUGAUUUUCAUUUGUUUAGAAAUGAUUUCGACGAACCAAUUGUUUAUGAAAUAUUCAAUUAUAAAUCAAAAGAAUAUAAUAUAGUCAACAAUAAUAAUGUUAUUAUAGUCUAUUCACGAAAUCCUAAUCCAAACACAACAAUAUUGGACAUUGCUUACCGUACACUCUAUGAGUUAGGUUAUAAUAAUGUCAACCUAUUUCCCGUCAAACACAACACUCCCGACACUGGCACUCCCGACAGAGUCACUCCCGGCUAUGGCACUCCCGACAGAGACACUCCCGGUUAUGGCACUCACGACAGAGUCACUCCCGGCUAUGGCACUCACGAAAGAGUCACUCCCGGCUAUGGCACUCCCGAAAGAGUCACUCCCGGUUAUGGCACUCCCGACAGAGACACUCCCGGUUAUGGCACUCACGACAGAGUCACUCCCGGCUAUGGCACUCACGAAAGAGUCACUCCCGGCUAUGGCACUCCCGAAAGAGUCACUCCCGAAAGAGUCACUCCCGGCUAUGGCACUCCCGAAAGAGUCACUCCCGGUUAUGGCACUCCCGACAGAGACACUCCCGGUUAUGGCACUCACGAAAGAGUCACUCCCGGCUAUGGCACUCACGAAAGAGUCACUCCCGGCUAUGGCACUCCCGAAAGAGUCACUCCCGGUUAUGGCACUCACGAAAGAGUCACUCCCGAGAGAGGCUCUCCAGACAGAGGAACUCUCGUUUACACACCUGACAACCCUAACAAUAAUAAUCCAGUAGUAGAAGUAGUACUACCAGAUGACCAGUUGCCAAGAGUACCGCCAUUGUAUACAUUUUUACAUAAGUUUACUGGACCCUGGUAUCGUUUGUUUAGAUCAAAACCAAACACAAAUGGCUAUUAUUUAUACAAUAUUAAGUACAUACCCGACACCCAACCGCCACAAUUUGAAUUUAAUAAACAAAAUUAUAACAAUUCCAAUGUAACGACACAUUUUGAAAUACAAACGAUUGGAAAUACAUAUAUAUUUUCUGACACUAAAACCAAACUACAAUUACACUAUGAAUUUUUGAAUUACAAUUUUAAUAGUUUUUAUAUUAUCAAAUAUAUACACCCAAUUACUAAAACUGUUACUGUGGACGUAUUUUCACGAUCAGACAAACCAAAUCUAACAAUACUGGAUAUCGCCAAAUGGACACUUGAGUCGUUAGGUUUAAACAAUAUUAGACUAUUGCCGGUCACUGCCGAUGCAGCCAUUGGUAGUACAAAGCCUGAAACUACUACUUCAGCCACUAUUACUACUACUACUAGUAAUAGUAAUAAUGAACAGACAAUAGUAUUGCCAAAACCAAUAUCACUGAAAACACCUCAAAUUGUUGGCUCCUGGGGUUGGAUGUUUGGUUCGGAUAGGAUUGGUUUUAAAUCAAUAGUAUCCGCCUAUGUUGAUAGCCCGCAGCCAUAUAUAACAAUUAUUGCCAAGGAAAGUGAUGAUAAAUAUAUUUCCGGUUCGUUACGUCCGAAAACUGAUGCCAACAAUGAGUUUGUAUUUAUAAACGAUGCCAGCAAUCAAAUUACUGCAACGAUUCAAAUAUUAAACUAUGAAAGCGGAAAAUUUUUUAUGUCUAAAUCUGUAUUCAUCGAUGAUCCUAAAACUUAUGUCGAUGUGUUUGGCGUAUCCAGCAAACCCAACCCAGCCAUACUAGACACUGCCGAAAAGACACUGAAAAUAUUGGGCCUUAACUUUACAUUGUUGCCCGUUGAUGAUGAAAACGUACCGGACAUGACCGAGAUUAUCAUUGAUGUGCCGCUACCACCGUCACCGUUACCGUUACCGUCACCACCAAAAUCACAACAAACAACAACAACAACACCAUUGCCGACAACACCAGCUGUAGUACAGACAACAACACCAGCUGUACAGACAACAACACCCGCUGUACAGACAACAACACCUACUGUACAGACAACCACCACUGAAUUAAGUGUCGUUUCAUUGGCUCCACCGUCAAUACAAUCCCAAAAUUUUGCCAACCAUUCAUUGAAAAUCGAUAACUUUAAAUGGCUUGAGGGCAAUUGGUAUGAAUUGUAUUCAACCGUUAAAAAUAUCAAACCGUGUGUUCAAAUUGUAUUGAACCAAACAAGCAGUCAAUCGGACCUUACAUUUACAACUUAUAACGACUGUACAAAAUCAAGCAGUGGUUCAUUGAAAAAAUUACCCGACGAUAACAGUCGAUUGGCUAUGAUUACCAAAGAGGUAGCUGCUAGCUUAUGGAUAUUGGAUACCGGAGCCGGAGAUCUAAUAACCAAAACAAAUUUCCUAGCAUUGAAGUCAUUUAAUUUUCAAGAUGAUGUUAUUGAAAAUUAUAUACUAUAUUCACGUACGCCUAAGGUGUCUGAGCCCGAUAUGAAACGUAUUGAAGAUCAGUUAGCCAGUGUGGCCAGUCAUGUGAAACUGAUACCCAGAAAACAGGAAAAAUGUUUAUGCAAUCAUUAAAUUUUGUUUGAAAAAUACAAUGAUUUAUAUAAACAACAAAUAAUUUUAACUAUAUAUAUAUAUAUAAAUA